ACUUCAAUCUUGGUGACACUGCUUGGGAGUCUGAAGUACCAUAUGUCACUAAUUCCAACACUGCGGCACAGCAUACUAAACUACUACAAGUUCUAGAUGAUUCCUCAUUCACCCAACAUGACAAAGUUCCUACACGACCUGCCUCUGGUAAAACUUUGGAUUUACUGUUUUUGUCAUAUCCAAACUCAGUUUCAAAUGUGUCUACACAAUCUGACAUGAGUGAUCAUCUUCUUGUUCUCUUUGAUAUUCAUACUAAACCUAUCAGAUCCUUUAAACCACCACAUAAGACAUAUGCUUAUAAGCGAGCAAACUGGAAUGAGAUUUCUAACUAUAUCUCACUUUCGUCAGCUGCGUUCUUUAACUCCAACCCCGAAGGUUAUUCUGUGGAUGAAAACUGGAACAUGUUUAAGUCCUCCUUAUUUAAAGCUGUAAAUGACCACAUCCCCCAGAAAUUGUCUGUAUCAAAAUACAAAUUGCCAUGGAUAACUGUGGCCAUCAAGAGACAUAUGCGGAAGAAGGAUAGAUUACAUAAACUAGCUAUGAGAUCACGUAAACAGUGCCAUUGGGAGUCUUUUAAAAAGGAGAGAAACCUUGUCUCUAAGAUGGUUAAAGAAUCUCACAGCCAAUAUUUAAACAACGUCAUUGGAGAAAGCCUAACUAACAAUCUAAAAAAGUUCUGGUCAUACGCACGUACCAGUAAAUCAGAAAUCAUUGGCAUUCCUCCUUUAAGAGCAGGGAGCAAAUUCUGCUCUACAGACAGGGAUAAAGCUGAAAUUCUUAGUUCUCAUUUUGCUUCAACUUUCACUAUGGAAUGCUUGCCUCCUCCAGCCACCGAUCAAUCACCUUAG